AAAGAUAAGGCCAUGAGAGGGGUCCUCUAAUAGAUUUACCUCCAAACCAUUCUUUCAUCUGAUUUGCAGAACCAAUCUCAAAGAAAGGACCAACCACACCUUCUAAGAGUCGUCUUUGUUUGUUUGAGGAGAGAGAAACUUGUUCUUUCUCUUUCUCUCUCUAUCUAUCUAUGUGUGUGUGCGUGUGAAAGGGUACAUGCAAAAAACAGUGACUUUGUUGAGAUAUAGAAACAAAGAAAGGAGUUGAAGAUUGUUGUUCAAUUUUGCAUAAUUUGAACAUCAAGUACUUUUCAUGUUUUUUUGUUUUCUGUUUCGAAAAUCUUACCCGAACUUGUUUCUGUGCUGAGAUUGUUCAUCUCUGUGAGGUUGGUUGAUUGGAAGUUGAGUUUUUGUUGUUGGGAGGACUAUGUUGGAGGGUCGAUCCUGCGUGGUUCCGGGGUUGUUUUCGAGUUCUUGUUUGGCGGAGAACAAUUGGUCUUUCAUGAAAUACAUGCCGGAUUUGGAGGUAAAAAACGGAAAGAGACUGUUGGGUAGUGCCAAUGACGACGAUGAACCGCAGUCGAGGAAGGUUAAUAGGAGAUUAGAUUCUUGUUAUCCAGGUGAGAUGGAUUCUGUUGUUCCGCAAAUCGAUCUAGAUGAUCGGAGGAAGGAUUUUGAGCCGUUGAAUGAUUGUGAAAUAGUUGAAAAGGUUGUUUCCUUUUCUGUUCAGUUUUCGGCUGAACAAUCACAAUCGCAGCAAUUGAUGUUGUUGUCAAAGUUUGGUGAUGAACAUCUGAAGAAACAGCUGCAGGUUUAUGAUGGUGAUUCGAUGAAUUCCAAUGACGAGCCGUCGGAUGAGCAGAAGGAGCAUCAUGCUGGGGAUUCAUCGGAUUCGAGUUCACUUUUGCCGCGCAUGAACCGGGACAGCUCGAUUACCUGUCUAAGCCGAUGUUCGAGGUCUGAUUACGGUUCACUUGCCUCGCUGAAUAGGAGCUUCCGCAACAUAAUCCGGAGCGGCGAGCUCUAUGCGUGGAGGAGACUGAAUGAUAUUAUAGAGCACUGGAUUUAUUUUUCAUGUGCGCUCCUCGAAUGGGAGGCUUAUGAUCCAAUUCGCGAAAGGUGGAUGCAUUUACCUAGAAUGGCUUCUAAUGAAUGCUUCAUGUGUUCGGAUAAGGAGUCUUUAGCGGUAGGUACCGAGCUUCUUGUGUUCGGGAGGGAGUUGCAGUCUCAUGUCAUAUACAGAUACAGUCUUUUGACAAACUCGUGGGAAUCCGGAAUGAGGAUGAAUUUUCCGAGAUGCUUGUUUGGAUCCGCUAGCCUCGGAGAGAUCGCAAUUCUAGCUGGUGGGUGUGACUCUGAUGGACAUAUACUUGACUCCGCCGAGCUCUACAACUCCGAGAAUCAGACAUGGGAAACACUCCCAAGCAUGAACAAGCCGAGGAAGAUGUGCUCCGGGGUAUUCAUGGACGGAAAGUUUUAUGUUAUCGGGGGAAUCGGCGGACGCGAAUCCAAGCUUCUUACAUGCGGGGAGGAGUACAAUUUACAAACAAGAACAUGGAAAGAAAUACCAAACAUGUCGCCCGGGCGUAGCGCAAGGGGAUCCGAGAUGCCUGCUACGGCCGAGGCACCACCUCUAGUCGCGGUUGUAAAUAACGAACUAUACGCCGCGGAUUACGCUGACAUGGAGGUUAAAAAAUACGACAAAGGUAGAAAAUUAUGGGUCACGAUUGGGAGAUUACCGGAGCGAGCCGCGUCGAUGAACGGUUGGGGUCUUGCAUUUAGGGCAUGUGGAAACCGGCUUAUUGUCAUCGGUGGACCGAGGAGUCACGGCGAGGGUUUCAUCGAACUGAAUUCAUGGGUGCCUAGUGAAGGUCCUCCACAAUGGAACCUACUUGCAAGAAAACAAUCUGGUAACUUUGUUUAUAAUUGUGCUGUGAUGGGAUGCUGAAGAAUUCAACACAUUUUGAUGCUUCAGAAAUCAUCCAAAUUGACACAAAAAUUUCUUCUAAUUGGUACUUUCCUCAUUAUUUUUUUUACUAUGAUGAUAUUUUCAUUUCAAAGGUGGGGAAGAAAUUCAAGAUAUAAUACUCAAAGAUUGGAUCAAAGUUUUAAGGGGAAGAAGCUUUUUAUUUUUAUUUUUAUUUUCAUUUUUAUGUUUACAAAUUUCAAGUUACCAUUUUGUUGGAUUAAAAUUGGUAUCUUCCCCAUUUUCAUUUACAUGAAAAAUUUCAAAGCUUGAUAUGAUGUUAGCACAGGAAUAGGUUUAAAUAAUUCAAGUUCCAACACAAAAAUUGUAGGAUAUUGGUGUUGUUUGUUGUAAGUUUCUAUUUUUAUUUUUUAUGAACACAACUAGAUCUUUGAUUUUCA